AUGGCGUGUUCUGGUACCCUCCACACAGAGACCCUUAUCUUAGAAACUGCACGCAAACCUGUGAUUUCCCUUCAACCUCCGUGGACCACUGUCUUCCAAGGGGACGUAGUGACUCUGACUUGCAAUGGGUUUCACCUCUACCCAUCACAGAAAACAAAAUGGGAACAUCGCUCUUCUGGGAAAGAGAUAAAAACCCUAGGAAACACCCUCGAGGUCUGUGAAUCUGGAGAGUACCGUUGCCAGACCGGGGACUCACCCCUAAGUAAUCCUGUGCGCCUGUUCUUCUCCUCAGAGCCCUUCAUCUUGCAGGUCCCAUAUUCUGUAUUUGAAGGAGACACAUUGGUUCUGAGAUGCCAGAGAAGGGGGAAAGAGAAACUAAAUCUUGUGAAAUACAUUUGGGAUAGAAAAAUUCUUUUUGCUUCUAAUGAAAGCCAGGAUCUUCUCAUCCCACAAGCAAGUUCAAAGAAUGAUGGCACUUAUCGAUGCAUUGGAUUUGAAAGCAAAAAUGCUGUAUUUAGAUCAACUUUCAAAGUGAUCAAAGUUCAAGAACUGUUUCCACGUCCAAAGCUGAAAGCCACAGUCUUCCAGCCUACUGAGGGGAGCUCUGUUAACCUGAGCUGUGAAACACAGCUUCCUCCAGAGAGGUCAGACACUCCGCUUUACUUCAUCUUCUUCAGAGACAACGGGGGUAACCUGUCAGACAGAAACAGGUCCCCAGAAUUCCAGAUCCCAACCAUCUGGAGCGAGGACUCAGGCUUCUAUAGGUGUGGCACUGAGACAGAGACCCGCAGUGUCAGCAAAUACAGCCUCCCGCUACAGAUCCAAGUGCAAAGGAUCCCUGUGUCUGGAGUGCUCAUAGAAACCCAGCCCCCAGGGGGGCAGGCUAUUGAAGGGGAGAUGCUGGUCCUCAUUUGCUCUGUGACUGAAGGCACAGGGGACACCACAUUCUCCUGGCACAGAGAGGACACGGAGAGUCUGGGGUGGAAAACUCAGCGUUCCCAGAGGGCAGAGCUGGAGAUUCCUGUCAUCAGGGAGAGUCACGCGGGGGGAUACUACUGCACUGCGGACAACAGCUACGGCCCCGUGCAGAGUGGUGUGGUAAACGUCACUGUGAGAGGGACUUCAGGUAACAGAAGCAGCAUAACGGUUGCGGGGUCUGUGGGAGGCCUCUGUGGCACCCUUCUCCUGGCUGUGACACUGCUGUUCUCCUACUGGCACUGGAGGAAAUCAGGUCUGUGCUUUUCUCCUACCUUUGAUAGGGUUUCAUCAUCCCCAGGCCAGCGAGAGCCCUCUCAUUCUGCCUGCCCUGUCCAGGUGGAGCUGUGGCCACUGAAUGGCAAUGUAUACCUCGAAGAAGGAGAUUUGGUAUAUUCUGAGAUCCAGACUCUUCAGCUGGGGAAAGGAGGGGAAGCCGGUACCCCCAGGACACUUCUGGAGGACAAGCAUGGCUCAGUGGUCUACUCGGAGGUGAAGACACAGCUGCCAGAUAACUCAGCUGGAAAUGUCUGUUCUAAGGAUGACGACACCAUGGAACAUUAUGAGAAUGUCCAACUCAUGGGGCAAAGGCCCAGUCCAGUCCCCACGGCCCAUGGAAGCACCUUCUCAGAUGUGCCCCUGGGAACCGGUAUGUACUAUACCCACAGCAAGAUCAAACCAAGCCUGCUCUUCCCAAAAAAAUACCCCUUUUGGUUUCAGCCCAGGGAGGUCCAGGUCUUCAUGCUCCUGUGGAUGACACUACUGACCCUGGCAACUGCAGGCAAACCUGUGAUUUCCCUCCAACCUCCGUGGACCACUGUCUUCCAAGGGGACAUAGUGACUCUGACUUGCAAUGGGAUUCGCCACUAUGCACCACAGAAAACAAAAUGGGAACAUCGCUAUUCUAGUAACAAAAUAGAAACCCAAAGAAACACCUUCAAGGUCCGUGAAUCUGGAGAGUACAGUUGCCAGAUCGGAGGCUCACCCCCAAGUAACGCUGUGCACCUGGUCUUUUCCUCAGACCCGCUGAUCCUGCAGGCUCCUCUCUCUGUGUCUGAAGGAGACCAAGUGGUCCUGAGGUGCCAGACAAGGGCCAAAGGAUCACUGUACACUAUUUACAAGGAUGGUCAAUGCCUGAAACACCUUGAGAGAAGCUCUGCCUUUACUAUUGAUCGUGCGCGUCUGGAGGACAAUGGUGACUAUUACUGCACUGGAUAUACGGAAGGUCUCUACCUUACUUCCAACACAGUCAAACUCCAAGUUCAAGUCAAAAUCCCUGUAUCUCAUCCUGUCCUCACCAUCAGCCCUGCCAGGGCCCAGGCUUUUGAGGGAGCCCUGGUGACACUUGGCUGUGAAGCCCAGAGAGGUUCUCUACCCAUCCUGUACCAGUUUUAUCGUGAGGACGCCCACCUGGGGAGCAGCUUAAUCCCGUCUGGAGGGAGAGCAUCCUUCAACCUCUCCUUGACCACAGAGAGUUCUGGAAACUACUACUGCACAGCUGACAAUGGCCUCGGUCCCCAGCGCAGUAAGCUGGUGAGACUGGGUAUCUCCGUUCCAGUGUCUCGCCCCAUCCUCACCUUCAAAACUCCCCAGCCCCAGGCUGUGGUGGGAGACAUGUUACAGCUUCGCUGCGAGGCCCAGAGAGGCUCUCCCCCAAUCAUGUACCGGUUUUAUCACGAGAAUGUUACUCUGGGGAGCAGCUCAGCCCCCUAUGAAGGAGAGGCAUCCAUCAACCUCUAUCUGACUGCAGAACAUUCUGGAAACUACUUCUGUGAGGCUGACAAUGGCCUGGGGCCCCAGCGCAGUGAGGUGGUGACACUCAAAGUCACAGUUCCAGCGUCUCGCCCCAUCCUCACCAUCAGGGCGCCCCAGGCCCAGGCCAUGGUGGGGGACACGGUGGAGCUUCGCUGUGAGGCCCUGAAAGGCUCUCCCCCUGUCCUGUACCAGUUUUAUCAUGAGGAUUUUACCCUGGGGAAUAGUUCAGCCCCCUCUGGAGGAGGAGCAUCCAUCAACCUCUCUCUGACUGAAGAACAUUCUGGAAACUACUCCUGUGAGGCCAACAAUGGCCUGGGAGCUCAACGCAGUGAGGUGGUGACACUCAUCUUCACAGGGCUUCCUGAAAACAGAAAGGGUCUUGUUGCUACGGGAGUCACUGGGGGGCUGUUCAGCAUGACAGGCCUUGCUGCCGGAGCGCUGCUGCUCUACUGCUGGCUCUCAAGGAAAGCAGGGGGAAGGCUUGCCCGUGACCCCUCCAGGAACCCUUCAGACUUGAACCCCCAAGAGCCCACCUACUACAAUGUGCCAGGCUGGAUAGAACUGCAGCCGGUGUACAGCAACAUAAAUCCUAGCAGAGGGGAUGUGGUUUACACCGAAGUCCAGAGCAUCCAAAAGAAAAACAAACAUACAGCUGAGGUGGAUGACAAGCCACCCAGUACUUCCUGCAAAGCACAGGUCCCAACCAUGCAGAAUGGAGAUCAUGUGGCCAGAAAUCUGAUUCCAAGGACAGGGCUCAAGGCAUUGCUGAGAAGAGCUAUGCAGCAACCAUUUGUGUCUGAUUUCUUCCAGAUUCUGGACAGCCUGGACCUCUGA